GGCACGAAAACCCUACUGCCAGAAUUUUGGCUCCAAUUCGUACCCUGCUGCCCCCCAAGCGACUCAACAACCGCCUUCAAAGUCGACUCCAUCCCGGCCCAUCCAUAUUCGCUCUUCGGUAGAUCAGCGAAUUCAAUCAACACAACACCGCGAUCAUGGCUGACGAAUACAACGCUGAGGAGGCCGCUGAGCUCAAGAAGAAGAGAGCCUUCCGAAAGUUCUCCUACCGAGGAAUCGACCUUGACCAGCUCCUCGACCUCUCUUCCGACCAGCUCCGCGAUGUUGUCCACGCUCGCGCCCGCCGCAGGAUCAACCGUGGCCUGAAGCGCCGCCCCAUGGGCCUCAUCAAGAAGCUCCGAAAGGCCAAGCAGGAGGCCAAGCCCAACGAGAAGCCCGACCUCGUCAAGACCCACCUCCGAGACAUGAUUGUCGUCCCCGAGAUGAUUGGUAGCGUUAUUGGUAUCUACUCCGGCAAGGAGUUCAACCAGGUCGAGAUCAAGCCUGAGAUGGUUGGUCACUACCUGGCUGAGUUCUCCAUCUCAUACAAGCCUGUCAAGCACGGUAGGCCCGGUAUUGGUGCCACGCACUCUUCUCGUUUCAUUCCCCUCAAGUAAGAAGGUUGCGGUGCGGUCUUGGGUGGUUUCUGCAUUCACGGACAUUUAUGGGCGAAAAGGACUGGUUCUGGUAGAUGGGCAAACGCAUCUAUCAAAGUUGCUGAUGACAAUGGGUACCAUGAAAGUACAAUAAAGGAGCAUUGUCCGCUUGAUGACUACCCU